AUGAUCUUCAUUCUUUCGUUCUUAUUCUUCAUCCAAAGUAUAACGGGUGUGCCAGUCCCUGCCGUCAUCACUCGUUGGCACACUGCCGAGGCUGUCACCUCCACCCUGCUCUACACCACUGGCACCACCACUGUGUGGUUGCCCCCUGUUGAGGUGCUUAUCUCUGGUGAUUGCACCACUACGUUUACUAUCACUUCGGGCCAAUGGGCAACUACUCCAGUCACCACCACAUCUUACGCUGCUGGCCAGCAAGACGGUGAUGAUCAGCCAGAGCCCACCCACACUGACAAUGCUCAGCCUAACAGUCCAGCUGAGACCACUACUGCUACCACCGCCGAGACCACUGCCGAGACCACUGACAACGCCCCAGAGAACACCCCAGACAACACUCCAGAGAACACUCCAGAGAACACUCCAGAGAACACUCCAGAGAACACUCCAGAGAACACUCAACAGACCCCAGAGAACACUCAACAGACCUCAGAGAGCACUCAACAGACCCCAGAGAGCACUCAACAGAUCUCAGAGAGCACUCAACAGACCCCAGAGAGCACUCAACAGAUCUCAGAGAGCACUUCUGCUCAGAACACCGCUACUGAGAACUCGUCUCCAACUUCUACCGCUUCUACUUCGUCUGCUGCUUCUACUUCGUCUGCUGCUCAGACUACCUCAACCAGUAACAACGAUGACAACUCCCAGACUACUGCUGCUCCUUCGUCUACCUCAAUUGAGGUGAGUACGUCUGCUUCCACCACUGAGUCAUCACUGGCUUCUGCCUCAGGCGGUGCCAACGUUUUGUCUGUUGCUUCCCAAAGCGGAUACAAGUUCUCUCUGUCGCUCAACAAGCUCAAGAGACCAGGUGCCAUUGUCUACUCGCCAUACACCAACGAUGGCUCUUGCAAGUCUUACGCCGAGGUUCUGAUUGAUUUGAUCUUCCUCAAGCUGAUGGGCUUCUCCAAGAUUAGAACUUACGGUGUUGAUUGCAACAUUCUCAGCGCCGUCCUUCCACUCGCUUCCAAGUUGGGCUUCACUGUUAACCAGGGCUUCUGGAUUUCUAACCAAGGUGUUGACUCCAUUGACGACUCUGUCACCAACUUGAUCGACUACGCCAAGAAGAACGGUUGGGAUGUUUUUGACUACAUCACCAUUGGUAACGAGGCCAUUAUUGAGGGCUACGACACCGUCUCCAACUUGAUUUCCAAGAUCAAGAGUGUCAAGAAGAAGUUGCAAAAUGCUGGCUACAAGGGUAAGGUUACUACUUCCGAGCCUCCAGUAAUCUACAAAAAACACCCUGAGUUGUGUACUGACUCCGACAUCGACUUCGUCGGUAUCAACUCCCACUCCUACUUCAACACCAACUUGCAUGCUGACGAAGCUGGCAAGUAUAUCGCUUCUCAGCAGAAGGAAAUCGCCAAGAUCUGCUCUAAGAAGACGGUCAUCACAGAGACAGGCUACCCAUCCAAGGGUAUCAAGCACGGUAACAACGUUCCUUCACUUUCAAACCAAUAUGCUGCUCUCAAGUCUAUUGUGGAUGCCACUGACGGCGACUGCACUAUCUUGAGUGCUUUCAACGACUACUGGAAGAACCCUGGUCCAUAUGGUAUUGAACAGGCUUUCGGAGUCAUUGGAUUCUUUUAA